AUGGCGCGCAAGUAUCUAGGUGGUAGUGGUGAGCGCCUGACGGUAUGGAUUUCGAUCGCAGCAUCUACUGUGCUCAUCUUCUACGGUUACGACCAAGGCGUCUUCGGCAAUGUCAUCAUCAAUGAGAACUUCCUGGAAACCUUCGGGCAUCCAUCAGCAGACACCCAGGGCACCAUGACUUCGAUCUACAACAUCGGCUGUUUUAUUGGAGCUAUGAGCACUAUCGUGACCGGCGAUAUGCUGGGUAGACCACGACAGAUCCUGCUCGGGUCGACUGUGAUCGCUGUUGGUGCUGUUAUCCAGACUGCUUCGUAUGGUGUAUCGCAGAUGUAUGUUGGUAGAAUAGUGAUGGCGAACUGCAUCACUGGCUUCUCGAUCAGCAAUUGGUUGACGCUGGGUUUUGCAUUUGCGCCAAAAGAUGUUGCUUGGAGGUUCCCGCUCGCCCGUUUCCAGAUCUUCUUCACGGCCUGCAUCUGGUGCCUCUGCCCCUUCCUUCCCGACUUUCCACGUCUCCUCAUCCGCAAAGGCAAGCAUGAAGAGGCGUUGGAUGUCAUCGCCGCCCUCGAAGGCCACGGUGCAACUCCAGACUCGCCCUCCGUCAAGACCCAGUACGCGAUUAUCAAGGAUGUCCUCGACCGAGAGCAUCUCAACAGCUUCAGCUGGUGGCAGCUCAUCACCGGUCGUGGCCCAGCUGGAGUCUUGCGCCGGAUGAUUUUGGGUGCCUGGAUGCAAAUUAUGAACCAGAUUUCUGGCAUAAACGUCACAUCCUACUACAUGUCCUACAUCUUCAUCAACGCCCUCGGCAUCAGCGAGAUUCUCUCCCGCGUCCUCGCCGCCUGCGGCUCGGUUGACUACCUCAUAUUCGCCUGUCUGGCCUACUUCGUCAUUGAGCGCUACGGUCGACGUAAAGUCAUGAUGUGCUCGGCUGCCGCAUGUGCAAUCUGCUGGGUUGUCGGAGACAAACCCAAGGCCCAAGGACUGCGCGACCUCUGA